AUGCCCGCAUACUUAAGCCCAGCGACGAGCUAUAUCAGGCAACGGAAGACAACAACGGAGGACAACAAUACAGUACGAGCAGACGCUCUACGCAGGUCACUAAAGACACUUCGAGCUACACUCGAAUCCAAGCCAGUCAAGAAACGUCCCGUACCUUCGCCGCGCACCUGGCCCGACUAUCCGUCCAAUAGGUACCACCUGAACGAUAUCAUGGAACGUGAUACGAAGAGUGUUCUUCUAGAAGCAUUUAAGAAUGCACAUAUUGCAGGACUGGAUGAAAGUUGGAGAUUCACAUGGUUUCAAAAGAUAGAACAGAUCUGUUUGCACGAAACGCAAGCUACGGUCGAUCCCGCAUUCCGCAAACUGACCAAGGGUCAAACUAGGAACAUGCAGGUAUCCAUCACGGAAGAAAUGACUUAG